AGUCGUUUGUCUUUUUGUUGAUGAUUUCCUUUGCUGUACAACAGCAGGAACAUUUUUAAAAUCACCCUGUUAUGGAUGGAAUGUUUGUUCCUCCAAAAGUUAUAUAUUGAAAUCCUGCUGUCACCCAUUCUUCAAAUUUUGGUAAGUUGUAAACAUACAGGCAGUGGCUAGGGAAAGGGUUUCAGGCUGUGGUAAUUUUAGUGAGGAAGGCCUUACAUUGUUUUCCAAUGUAUUCAUUCUAGGUGUCCAUGCCAGCGUGAAGAUGGGCAAGGAAAUCAUAAAGCACAGUCCCCUAACCAAACACAUCCAAGUACAGAGGCACCAUUCCAUUAGGGAUUUAAGAUGUAUUCUAGUCCAGCCUUAUUUUACAGAUGAAAAAUCAAAUUUAGGUUACAGUAAUUCUUAAUGUCCCUUGGCCAAAUUGAAAUGUAUCAUAUAAAAUAUAAAAGUGUCAGUGAACAAGAUUCGCCAUCCUCCCUGAAAGGCUGGGCAGUGAUGGGUUUUGAAACGUUUUUUAGCAAUUUUCCAAGCUCGGUUUGGGGGUGGGGUGAGGAGUGGUCGCACGAAGUCCGGGUGCCAGAGACGCACCCUCGGCCCCUCACCCGGGAACCCGCGGAGCCCUCCGGCCGGGGAGGGGCGAGGCGCUAGUCCUCGCGUCCAGAGGAAAACGGGGCAUUAGCUGUCUCUUUAAGAGGCUGAAAUUAGAAACAUACCAGUUGGGCAAUUUCACUACCCCUUCCCACGCGGUAAACCCUUUGAGGACAUUCCUCAAUCGAACAAGGGAAAAUCAUUUUGGGGGGAAAAACAGGCUAAAAUCCAGCAUGUUUUUGUAGUGCCCACAGCAAAAGGAGGCUCGGAGCGCGUUUGAAACUCCGGGAGUCACAGAGCUUCAGGACCCCGGCCUGGGGCGGAGCAGCGAGGACCCGGCGCUGGGGCGCUGCGCGCGGGAUGCACUUCCGGAGUUGGCAGGUGGCGUCAGCGGAACGGGCGGUUCGGGCCUCAGCGUAAACAAGGGCUGUCGGCCCCUAGAAGUGAGCUGGAGGCGGGGCGGUCGGGCUGGAAGCUGGUACUGGCCCCCGGCAGACCCUCUCCCGGCCCCGUGCCCUCGCCGCCACCCCCCGCGGUGACCACGCUGUCCCCCUCUGCGACCCCGCUGCCCCGGCAGCCGAGAGACACUACUCGCCGAGGGGGCGCGGGCGGGUGCGAGCGCUGAAGGAGCUGCCUCAGCCCUGUCCCUUUCGCCUCCGAGCAUUUCUUCCUUCGCCUUUGUCUUUUCCCCUCUUACUGGCGUGGGGAUUGUUGAAAAAAAAGUGCAGCCUCAAGAUGGCUGAUGGCAACGAAGAUGUGCGGGCGGACGACUUGCCGGGGCCAGCCUACGAGAGCUAUGAGUCCAUGGAGCUCACCUGCCCCGCCGAGCGCAGCGGCCACGUAGCCGUCAGCGACGGGCGCCACAUGUUCGUCUGGGGCGGCUACAAGAGUAGUAACCAAGUCAGAGGAUUAUAUGACUUUUAUCUGCCUAGAGAAGAAUUGUGGAUCUACAACAUGGAGACUGGAAGAUGGAAAAAAAUAAACACUGAAGGUGAUGUUCCUCCUUCUAUGUCAGGAAGCUGUGCUGUGUGUGUAGACAGGGUGCUGUACUUGUUUGGAGGACACCAUUCAAGAGGCAAUACAAAUAAGUUCUAUAUGCUGGAUUCAAGGUCUACAGACAGAGUAUUACAGUGGGAAAGAAUUGAUUGCCAAGGAAUUCCUCCAUCAUCAAAAGACAAACUUGGUGUCUGGGUGUAUAAAAACAAGUUAAUAUUUUUUGGAGGGUAUGGAUAUUUACCUGAAGAUAAAGUAUUGGGAACUUUUGAAUUUGAUGAAACAUCUUUUUGGAAUUCAAGUCAUCCAAGAGGAUGGAAUGAUCAUGUACAUAUUUUAGACACUGAAACAUUUAUCUGGAGCCAGCCUAUAACUACUGGUAAAGUACCUUCACCUCGCGCUGCCCAUGCCUGUGCAACUGUUGGAAACAAAGGCUUUGUGUUUGGAGGCAGAUAUCGAGAUGCUAGAAUGAAUGAUCUUCACUAUCUCAAUCUGGAUACAUGGGAGUGGAAUGAAUUAAUUCCACAAGGCAUAUGCCCAGUUGGCCGAUCCUGGCACACACUAACACCAGUUUCUUCAGAUCAUCUCUUUCUCUUUGGAGGAUUUACCACUGAUAAACAGCCACUAAGUGAUGCUUGGACUUACUGCAUCAGUAAAAAUGAAUGGAUACAGUUUAAUCAUCCCUAUAUUGACAAACCAAGAUUAUGGCAUACAGCUUGUGCCAGUGAUGAAGGAGAAGUAAUUGUUUUUGGUGGGUGUGCCAAUAACCUCCUUGUCCAUCACAGAGCUGCACACAGUAAUGAAGUACUCAUAUUUUCAGUUCAACCAAAAUCUCUUGUAAGGCUAAGCUUAGAAGCAGUCAUUUGCUUUAAAGAAAUGUUAGCCAACUCAUGGAACUGCCUUCCAAAACACUUACUUCACAGUGUUAAUCAGAGGUUUGGUAGUAACAACACUUCUGGAUCUUAAGACUUCAGAGAUAAUGCCUCUGAUCACCUUGCAUGGACAGCAAUCCUGUAAACAUCAGAGAGUGGCACUGUUUGUAUAAUUAUAUGCAUUGUUGUAGUUUUGCAGCUUUUUGGUUUUAAUGUGCAUGUGAAUGGCCUAGAGAACCUAUUUUUGUGUCUAAAACUUUACAAUAAAUGUAUUUAACACCAGUAA